UCACUCUCGUUAUUCUCUGCUUUCUUAGUAGUGGAAGCAGCUCUCGACCACCGCUUUUAUUCUUCCCUCUGGACUCAAUUAGGAGUCGCCUCGUUUCCUUUUUCCUCUUCGCUGAGGGAGAUGAAGGGAGGAGUGAUCUCCGAUUUGUAAUCGAAGAGCUCUUCGAUCGCCAUUAUCGUGUCGUAGAAGGCCUUUCUUAGAUAGGGCAAGAUGAUGCAUGCUAAGUCCGAUUCCGAUAUAACCAGCUUAGCCCCCUCAUCCCCAUCUCGGUCGCCAAAGAGACCGGUGUAUUACGUGCAGAGCCCUUCCCGGGACUCCCACGAUGGCGACAAGUCGUCGUCGAUGCAGGCCACCCCUGUUUACAAUAGCCCCAUGGAAUCCCCCACUCAUCCUUCUUUUGGGCGCCACUCAAGGAGCUCUUCAGCUAGCCGGUUCUCCGGGACUUUUUGGUCGUCGUCAGGUCGGAAGGGAAAUCGGAAGCGGGUGAAUGAUAAGGGAUGGCCCGAGUGCAAUGUGAUUCAAGAAGAAGGGUCAUAUGAUGAUCUUGAUGAGGAUAAGGGGCUCUCACGCCGUUGCCAAAUCAUACUUGCACUUCUGAGCUUUGUUAUGCUGUUCACUGUCUUCUGUCUUAUUAUAUGGGGUGCAGCCCGGCCGUACAAAGCAGAGGUGGUGGUGAAGAGCCUGUCAAUGGAUGACUUUUAUGCUGGAGAAGGUUCAGACAGUACAGGUGUCCCAACCAAGAUGGUCACAGUGAACUGUUCAUUGAAGAUAAAUGUGUACAAUCCUGCCACAAUGUUUGGCAUUCAUGUCACUUCAGGCCCUAUCAGUCUCAUCUAUUCUGAGAUUACAAUUGCUACUGGCCAGUUGAAGAAGUACUACCAGCCUAGAAAAAGCCAUCGGACUGUUGCUGUGAUCUUACAUGGAGAGAAGGUUCCUCUCUAUGGUGCUGGGGCGGGCUUGGCUCUAUCAAGCACAGGCGGUGCAGUCCCAUUAACUCUGGAGUUUGAGAUCAUAUCUCGGGGCUAUGUGGUGGGUAAGCUGGUGAAAGUAAAGCACCGAAAGCUUGUGUCAUGCCCUCUUGUUGUAGAUUCUCGCAACACCAAACCGAUCAAAUUCAAGCAGAACUCAUGUACCUAUAUUUGAGUUAGCCUCGGUGGUAAGAAUGAUCGCAAGGUGCUGUUAAUUAGCCAUCCGUUAAGAUGAGAGGGAGGGGGGAAGGUGUGUUUCAUUCAUAUAUUUGUUGUUCCAGUGAUUACAUUUAUUAAUCAAGAAAUAAUGGCGUCUAUUGGAAGUUUGCUUUAUUUAUUUGUUAAA